AUGUACUCACUCACCUGCGCCGACGGCCUCUCUCUCGGCAGAGACGUAUACGUCCUCGAUAUUCAAAGGACAUCUGCAGGCCUUGCAACCAUCUCAUCAGACCAGUUCCUGUCUGUUCUCGACCCAGCUCGUCUCUCAGCUGGUCCUCAGCGCCGUCUCCCAACUCAGCACGGUAACUUGACGACGUUGCGUGUGUUUGACAGCAAUGCUGCGCUUGUAUGCACGGCUGGUGAGAAUGGGACUGUUGCAGUGUGGGAUCUGAGGCAGGGUACAAAUGUUGUGCAAUUCCAAGCGAGUCAAGCGCCCAUCUUUUCCAUGGCUUGUAGUCUAGAUACACAGACCAUCGCAGUAGGAACAGAACUCCAGAACCAUACAGCAUCCAUCCAUCUCUGGUACGUCUUCUCUUCUCUCGCAAAAGAGAACUUCAUUAACACUCACAGGGACGUCCGAUCUACCCCAACCUCCAAAGCACACUACCAAGAAGUCCACAGCGACGACGUAACAGACCUCUCCUUCAACCCUUCCAAUCCAGCACUUCUCCUCUCUGGCUCGACCGACGGACUCGUAAACGUCUACGACACCCGCAUCGCUGAUGAGGACGAUCUUACUGUGCAGACCUGCAACGUCGACUCUUCUAUUCACCGCGCCGCAUGGCUAUCAGCAACAGAAGUCGCGGCUCUCACACACGACGAGCGUUGUGCUCUUUACGACGUGAGUGAGGAGCGCGCAAACGGCGACGCCGUGCAGGACUUUGGCGAUAUGAGGUCUGUCCUUGGAUGCCAGUACGUCGCCGACAUCACGCCCAAGAUGGACGGCAGCGGCGCUGUUCUCGGUGCCGGAGCUCAAGAGUAA